AAGACUAUUGGUGUGCUUAAAUUAGAAUUCAUCUUGUUUGUGACAGAAGUUUUAACGGUUCUUUAUUUCCGCUGUUAAUUUUCGUUGCUUCAAGUUACGUUUCGAGUUUCGUGUUAAGUUUUUGCAAUUUUAAAAUAAUCGGAAAAUGGCAGAUGCAGAGAGUAGAAUUCGUUCCUUCAAAAAUAAGGGGAAGGACACUGAGGAAAUGCGUCGCAGACGUAUCGGUCAAACCAUCGAAUUGAGGAAAGCGAGAAAAGAUGACCAACUACUCAAACGACGAAAUAUUUCUGAUAAAGAAGAAGCCACAUCGCCACUACACGAUAGCAACUUACCAUCACCGGUUGCCAUGACAUCUGAUGAAAUUUUGUUCGGAUUAAUGAGUCCCGAUGAAGAAAUACAGUUUAAAGCUACCCAGGCAUGUCGCAAAGCAUUAAGUCGUGAGAAGAAUCCACCCAUUGAUCACAUGAUACGAUCUGGAGUGGUUCCUAAAUUUGUCGAAUUCUUAUCACACUUCCAUAAUCCGCUACUUCAGUUUGAGGCGUGCUGGGCACUUACGAACAUAGCAUCCGGAACAUCAGAGCAAACGGAGGCUGUCGUUCAGGAGGGCGCCAUUCCAAAAUUGCAAGCGUUACUCGCGUCACCCCGUAGCGAUGUCGCCGAGCAAGCUGUUUGGGCGCUGGGUAAUAUCGCAGGUGACGGGCCUCAGAAACGUGAUUUGGUACUUGAUAGCGGGAUUAUGAUCGAUUUAUUGAAGUUGGUGCAACCCGACACAUCGGUCACUUUGAUGCGUAACAUUGUGUGGGCCAUCUCAAAUUUGUGUCGAAAUAAAAACCCACCUCCCGAUUUUGAACAUGUGAGACCCGCCCUGCCGCUUUUAGCAAAACUCCUCCAUUACAACGAUCGAGAUGUCUUGGCCGACACAUGUUGGGCUUUGAGCUACUUAACCGAUGGCAGUAACGAUAAAAUUCAAACAGUACUCGAAACAGGGUUAGUCGUUCGAUUGGUCGAACUCCUAUCGAAUGUAGAAAUUAAUGUGCUAACGCCCGCAUUGAGAGCGGUUGGUAACAUUGUGACCGGUAACGACAAUCAAACCGAUGCUGUACUAAACGCGGGCGUUCUGAGCGUUUUGGGUCGUUUAUUGGAACAUCCUCGUCUGAACAUUGUUAAAGAAGCCGCGUGGACGGUCUCGAAUAUUACCGCAGGAAAUUCUGAUCAAAUUCAAAAAGUUCUUGAUGCCGAUAUCAUGCGUCCGUUAUUGGUUGUGUUGCAAACUGGCGAUUUCAAAUCUCAAAAGGAAGCGGCAUGGGCAGUUACAAAUUACACGAGCGGCGGCAGUAUUGCACAGCUUGGGAAAUUAGUAGAGAUGGGUGUUCUUAAGCCCAUGUGUAAUUUAUUAAAUUCGAAAGAUUGGAAGACUGUCGUCGUUGCGUUAGAUGGAUUGACAAACAUUCUUAAUGCCGCCAAUAAGCUUGGGGAGGUAGAAAAGGUUGCAAUUAUGAUUGAAGAAUGUGGCGGUUUGGAUUUAAUGGAGGCGUUGCAAGCACACGAAAAUGAGCAGGUGUAUGAAAAGGCCCUAUCCAUUAUUGAGAAUUACUUUACGAUGACUCAAGUUGAUAAUAUGCCCGAGGUUGGUGUCGAUGCAGAAGGACACCUGUUGUUCAAUCCGGAUACUUCUUCCAACGUUCCAAAUGGUGGAUUUAGUUUUUAGGCUUUGUAUUUAUGUUAAGGCUGCCAUAACUUCCAAAAUGGAGAACAGUAAUUUUAGUUCCUUUUACAUUUAACUGUUUUAAUUUGUAAUUACGCCUAUUUCUAAUGUCAUUUUUUUACGUUUAAUACAAAUUUGAUAAUUA